AUGCAUCUCCCUAAACCAUUCCUCAUUGGCGUCGGGGGAGCCUUUCUCUCCCUCCAGCUGGUUUUUCUCCUCAACAUGUGCUACCUCUACGGCACGGCUUUUCAUGACACCACCCGGUACAGUGCCAUGCAUGUGCUGUAUGUGGACUAUGACCAGGGUCCAAUUGGCGAGUCCGUUCUCGGAGCCUACAACAUCCUGCAAGGCCCCUCACUCGUCACCCUGGAGCAACACUCCGUCAGCGAAUACCCAACCGAUGCCGACAUCCAGCAAGCAGUAUGCAAAGGCCAGUACUGGGGCGCCAUCUACGCCCGCGCCAAUGCCUCAGCCCAUUUGACAGCCGCCGUAACCUCCUCAGAUGCAGCCCAGACAUACGACCGGACACAAGCCCUCCAAUACUACUGGAAAGGCGCGCGAUACGCAGCCUACGCCACCGGCGUAUACUCGCAGCUCGCCGAGCUCGUCCAGACCACCGCCGCCAUCUACGCCCACACCCACGGCACGACCCUGCUCUCCAGCGCCAGCAACCUCACCGACCCCGCCAUCGCCGCCACCCUCCUCCUCCCCAUCAGCGGCACCGGCACCGACCUCGCCCCCAUGGACCAAGGCGUCCGAUUCUACUACAACACCGUGUCCAUGGUGAUGACCAUCUUGCCUCAAUUCUUCUUCCUGAUGGCCCUCAACGGCAUCUCCACCCAAUUCCACAUCUUCGCCCGCCUCACCCCGCGCCAAAACCUGCUUCUCCGCGUCGCCAUCUCCCUCCUCUACACCUUCACCGCCGCCCUCGUUAUGACCGGCUACAUCUGGGCGUUUCGCGAAUCUUGGUCCGUCACGGGCGCCCAAUUCGCUCUUACGUGGAUGGCUAUCUGGCUGGUCAUGCAUCUACACUUUCUUCUGAUUGACUGCGCGACAGCGUUCAUUCCCCCGCAAUUCCUCCCCUUCUUCAUGUUGACGUGGAUCAUCCUCAACGUAUCCAGCAGCAUCGCGCCGUUUGAACUGUCCGCGGGAUUCUACCGUCUGGGCUAUGUCCUUCCGUCCAGGGAAUUAUACGACGUGCUCCUGCAGAUCUGGACGAAUGGUUGCAAUCCAUUUCUGUAUCGCGCGCUGCCGAUCCUUUGGGCUGAGUGGCUGGUGGCCGGGGGCUUGUUUCUCGUGGGGAUGCGACAUCGGUGCCGGACUGCGGCUGCGAGGUUACCUUGGCCGGUGACGGAGGAUUUUGAUAAGCAUUCGAUGGUGUCGUUGAGGUGA